GUCGUCAGCCCCGUUGUUGCUCAUCUGGGUUGGUCUGGCUUGAGCUCUUCCUCCGGCUCGGGCUGCGCCAUGGCGCCUCCGGAUCUCGUUGACCGGCGUCUGCUCGCGGGCGGCCUCCUCCGCCUCCUGCUCUCGUCCGACUCGUGGGCGCAGCGGGCCUGUUAGUACCGGGGGACCCAGUCUAGGGGCUGCGGGCGGCCCAGGAAGAGGAGGAGAUUUAUUGCUUCUGAAUUUUUGUUAGUCUGUCUGCAUGGAAGCUCGUGAGGAUGGUUUGCUAGUUUCAGCAUCGGCAACAGAAUGGUCCUUUUUUACAUCUUUCUCUCAUCAUAAUUUGUGGUAACAGCAAUACUGUUCUGGAUUUCCAUAUACUGAAACACCUGGACUUGCAGUCAUGGCUUCAAGACGAACAGAUGUUCCUGCCAUUGAGCAUGGCUCUGGAGGCUUUCUAGGAAAGAUGUCCCAACCCAUUGGAAUGAACCGUCGAGCAUUCAGUUAUGAUGAUGCCCUUGAGGAUACAGCACCAAUGACCCCUCCUCCUUCAAAUAUGUCCACCAAUAUCCUGUGGAAACAGCCAGUUGUCCCAGAACGCAAAUAUGAAGAUCUUUCCAAGGAUGAGGAAGGGAAGACUAGCAUGCAUCCACCUGCCAUUACCCCCUCAUCUUCCACUGAGACUGUGAACAAGGUUCCAAUAGUGAAGGCCAAGGCCACCCACAUCAUCAUGAAUUCUCUCAUCACAAAGCAAACUCAGGAGAGCAUUCAACGCUUUGAGCAGCAGGCAGGGUUGAGAGAUGCCGGAUACACUCCCCACAAAGGCCUCACUGCAGAGGAGACUAAAUACCAUCGUGUGGCUGAGUCACUCCAUAACCUAAAGAUGCAAAGUGGGGAGAUGGCAAAAGAAGAUAAACAGGCCUCUUCCACCCAGUCCACUCCAAGCAGCACUCCCCAUUCCUCUCCCAAGCGCACAUACAGGGGUUGGUUUAGUCAGGGGUCCUCCGCAUCCAUCACUGGUCCUGAGCUUGCUGCCAUGGAUUCCAGUGGUGGGGAUGGCGAUAAAGUACCGUCUGAAAAAUGGAGCUUCUUUGGACCUAGAGCUCUUCAAAAACACACUGAUUCAGGUAUAGCAACAUUUUAAGAAAACAGUCUUUAUUG